UCUCGCUUUCCAUCGCACACACAUCGCCGGCCGUCCUUCCUUAACGCGCGACGAUGUUUUGCUGACAAGUAUAACCGGUGACUUAAGCCGGCCUCGUAGUCAACAUCAAUCUUGCGAUCCAAAAACUACUAAGAACACUUUACUUCAGUAGAAGUAGCAUCCGAGAUUCGUACGAGUGAUCAUCUCGGCUUAUUUGUGCGUAACUUGUGAUAGUACUUUACUUUGCUCAACGCAAUUAGCAGCCUUGGAAUCUUGUUGAUCAAAAUGAUGAAGAAAUCGGCGGAGCAGGAGGGAGGCAUGGGUUUCAAGGACAAACAGAAAGCGUUGGAUACGCUGAAGCUCUUGGACGGCCGCGAUAUCAGUUAUCAGUACCACGUAAUCACGAGCUUCGUCAGUCGCGCGAAGAGAACGCUCCAGAUCACGCGGGACGAGGAGAAGCUGGCGAAUCUGCGCGACGCCCUAAAGAUCUUCGAGGACUGGCUGACGAAUUACAAGGAGAAUAAUCGAGGGAAGGAGAACCUCGCGUAUCUGUCGAUCGAGACGAUCAAGGCGUUUCGCAGCCUUGCGAAGAAGUACGACGUGUGGGACGAUGGGUUCUUCAGGGCGUACAAGGGCGAGAAGGGCGAGUACAAGAGCCUUCGGGACGUGAAAGUUCCCAACGGCGACACCACGUGGGACAUCGAGAGGAACAGGCGACUGAAGGAGAUCAUCGGCAGGAUCAAGGACGAGCACGUCCAGUGGUACGAGACGGACGCGGGCGAUUUUCGGGGACUGCCGACAAAGGAACACGCGCGAUGCAUCGUGCUCGGGUACAGUCCCGAUUCCACAAAGCUGAAAAAGCUGGCGGUUCAAGCGCGCGAAAAAUUCGACGAUGACGAUGACGACAUGGACGUUGAGCAAGAACGAAAAGGCGCUAAAAGAACUCACGAUAACAGCUCGUUGAGCAGCGAUAGCGAUAGCGAGCCAGAGAAAAAGUGCCCGAGACGUUCGUCGGAAACUGAAGGAAAGAACGAGCGAAACGAAAAGACGGAGAGCGCGCUGGGUUUUAAGGACAAGGAGAAAGCCUUGCGAAGCAUCAAGUCCUUGGAGGGCAGAGACGUAGCCUAUCAGUUUCAUGCGAUCAGCGGGCUGGUGAAGCGUGCCGAGAGGGUGAUAUCGUGCACGAAGGAUGAGCAGAAGAUCCGGAACAUGCGGGAGGCUGUCGAGGUCUUCGAGAAAUGGAUCACCGAGUAUAACGUGAACGGCCGAUCGAAGGAGAACUUCAAUUAUCUGACGAUCGACAUCGUGCGGGCCUUUAAACGUCUGGCCGAGCGAUACGGCAUCGAAGACAGCGGCUUCCUCAAAGUCUACGAGGAGGUGGACGGUGACUACAAGAAACUCAGAUCUGUCCGAUUUCCGGAGACGGACGUUACGUGGGACGUGAAGAGGAACGAACACCUGCGCGAGCUGGUGAAUCACAUAAAGGAGAAGCACGUUCAGUGGUUCGACACGGACGCCAAAUUCCGAGGUCUGCCCACAGCGGAGCACACCCGUUGUAUCAUGUGGGGCUUCAGCCACGACGUCGUCAAGCUGAAGAAGCUCCUGCCCGCGUUAAGCGAGAAACUCGAACCCGCUGACUAAUGUUGCGAUUUAAUAAAUCUGCUGGAUCGGCUUGAAAAUCGACAACGCUUUUGCGAUUAUAUGCGCGCGUGUAAAAAAAGUAAGGGAAAAAAACAUUGUUGCACAUUAUUAUUUUUUAGAGCAUAUCGUACAUUUAAGCGUUUUACUAUAAUGGUAAAUAUAUUUUAUAUAUGUAUAGUCGUAGAAGAGAUAAACGAACUUAGAUCAUUGUUUUAAAAAAUUUGUGGUACUCCACAGAUAGAGAAUUAAUUAAAUUUAAAAGCAUAUAAGUCUAAUUGUAACCAAAAAGAAAAGAGAUUAUUUGUUAUACAGGCAUAUAUACAUUGCAUACAUGUGUAUGAAAUUUUAUAUACAUCUAUAUGAAAUUUUUCUUGUAUUCACGUGACGUUUUCAGUGACGUCAGAGAGAAGCGUGAAAGCGAAUCGAAUCCCCGCAUACUAGCGCAGUCAUCAGUAAUCUUUAUUAACAAUUUAUUAAAGGAAUAAUUGAUUGAAAGUAUUUUUGCGCGUUACCGCGUUAUCGUGUUAACUAAAAAAAAUAGCAAUUAGUUUGUAAUUCGUUUGUGUACGUGUGUAAAGAGCUAACGCUUAAAAUAAUAGAAAAAAUAGUAAGAAUUAAACAACUUGGGUGGCGAGAGUGUGACGCCACUUCUUUCAGGAGGCGGUAAAUUAAAAUUUCGUUCCA